UAACAAGAAAUUCGUAAUAAUCGAACUAUGUGAUAUAAAAAUAUAUAUAUAAUGUCUAAUUUUUAUUUAGUUGGUGAUCAAUCCUUCAAUCAAUGUGAACGAUAAUUUAGACAUGGGAUACAAAGUUCUACGAUAUGAAUACUUGUAUAUUUGAGUAUCUAAAGAAAGAAAAAGAUUAUCUAUUAUUAAUUAUUAAUCAUGGUUUUAUUAUUACGAAAUUGGAUUUUAAGCCGAAGGAAAUUGUUUAUGCAAGAAGUUGUAUUAUUCAGAAUUUCUAUGUAUCAUAAAUGUAGCAACAUCAAGAACAUAACAAGAGAAAAUAAUAGAUGUAUUCAAAAAUAUACGCCAUUUUUGCAAAUAAGACAUUUUUCUGAUAAAAAUAAUAAAGAAGAUAAAGAACUAAUAUAUAUAGGAACCAUGAAAACUAAAGUCAUUGGUCUUAAAGUAUUGUCUUUACUGACAACAGCAAUAUCAGCAAUUUUUCAACCAUAUGUAUUUAUGAAAUUCAUACAAGAAGAUAAUCUAACAACUGCAAUAGCAAUUUUGACAUUGUUCAAUUUAAUUACUAUAGGAAAUCCUUUUUUCAUACAUUUUGCAACAAAAAGAUAUGCAGUUGAAAUGCAUUAUUAUCCUAAAGAAGAAAAAUAUAGUGCUACAGUAUAUACAUUAUUUCUCAAGCGUAAAACGAUAAAAUUUACUCCAAAUGAUGUAACUGAAAGUAAAUAUAAUUCUACAUUACCAUUGUUAACUUGCUAUGUAAAAAAUAAACCCUUAUUUUUUUUGGAACAAAAUUUUAUAAAUCGUAAACACUAUUUUAUUAUAAUGAAUUAUAAUAAACCCAUAGAUUUUCAAAUGAAAUCAUUAAAUGUAAAUGCAAUCAAUCAAUCUCCAAUUGUUAAUACAAGUCAAAUAGAAGUUGUUAAUACAACUCAAAUAGAAAAUAAAAAUGAAAAUUUGAGAGAAAAAAAAUAUUAAUGAUAUAAUCUUCUUUAAUGACAUUAAUCUUCUUUAGUGACAUAAUCUAUGAAUAAAACAUGUUAAAUAAUUUAACUUGUAUAGUUUUAUUUAUUACAUGGCAUUUUAGUCUAUAGUUUUUAUACAUUAUUUAAAAGCGGUAUAUAAGUUGCUAGGUACAAAAUAUAUACAUCAUUACAAAGAGACUGUAUACUGAAAAAUAUAAUAUCAAAAUAUUACAUAUA